AUGAAUACGAACUUGUUUAGAGUACGGGAUUCGCCCUCAUUUCCAAGACUACAAAGCUACACUUUUAUAAUUAUCCACAACGCAAGAGGUGCAAUAAAGCAGCCAGUAACUCAACAGCACGGCGAAUAUUGGUUAAAGAAGAACCUAAACCCUUACAUAAAUACGAGACGCAUCGAGGAAGGCCUGCUGUCUGAUCCUGAAUGGCUUCAACUAUAG